GUGAUCGGUUUUUAUACAAGCGCCAUCGGAUAUUGGUUGUUGACUGGGAUGUCUCAAAACUAGUUGUUGCGUUACAUGUUUUGGUACAGAAGUUUUGUCUGUCCAGGAAGAAGGGUUUUGACUUUUGUAAAUAGAAGUCUCUUUGUUCAGUGUUCUCCGCUAUGUGGAAGUUUCAAUCGACGGUCCGAGAACCUAUGGAUUUGCAGAAUUCUUAGUAAAUUGUCACCAAGUGACAAAAUGCUCCUGUAUCAAGAAUUAUCCAAGUGCAUCACAGAGAAACCAGACUCCUCAGUGAGUACACAACAAGUUGAGGUAGCCCAUUUGACAUAUGCGCAGCUUAAGUGCAUUUUUAUAGGUAACUGUCUCCCGUUCAUAGGAUUUGGUUUCCUGGAUAAUGCAAUUAUGAUAGUGGCUGGAGAGUAUAUUGACGUGCAAUUCGCAACAUUCUUGGGCAUUUCGACAAUGGCUGCUGCCGGUCUAGGAAAUCUUGUUUCCGAUCUUUUUGGCAUAGGGCUCGUCGGCUACGUUGAAAAGUUCAUGGAAAAAAUUGGCAUUUCUGUUCCCCCAUUGUCUGCAUCCCAACUAGCCAGCAGUUCAGUUCGUUGGUCUAUAGCAAUAGGACGGAUCGUCGGCAUUACUACUGGUUGCCUUCUAGGUUUAUUGCCUCUUGUUUUGUUCAGUUGGUGAAAGCUAAAAAGAUUAACCAAGGGUUCAGUCCAACUUUCCGGGUUCUUUACCUCUACAAUAGCAGUGUUUUUAACUAACCAGAUGUAUCUUGAUUUCUUCCUUAGCAUAAAUCUACAGAACUUUAUAAGUCGUGACAGUGAAUUUGUAACUCUAGUGCAAACGCUUUGCAAAAGUAUAUUUUCAUACUAACCAGCCAUUUAAAACAGCAUCACAGCUCUGCAGAACGAUUUUUCGUUUCAAAAUUAACGUAAUACCGAACAUCUGAUUUCGUAUAAUUUUUUAUUCCGUUAUCUGGAUCGAUUCUUUACUGAUCUAAUCAUAUUACAAGUAUGCAGAUAAUAUUUCCAAACUGCUGAACUGUUUAAAAUAAGUCUCAUAUCAUAAAUGCCUUUGAAGACACUUGAGCGCCAAUCUCAACUAUACCGUGUGGUAAAUAUGAUUCUCUAAAUGUACUAGGAUUACAUAAUUAAUAUCCUAAUAAUCCUUCAUUCUUAGUUUAUAAUUUACUACUUUAUUUUUAAUUUCUAUGUAAAAUACCUAGCUUCCAUCAAAAUAAAUGUAUUUUUACU